GCCUUUGCCCAGUUUAUCAGGCUACUUUGGCAGCAUAAACAAGGGGAAGCCUAGAGGGUAAAGAGAAACUCCUUACAUCGCUAUUUUCAGGCAGACUUGUGCUGCAUUCAUGCUCCAUCUGUAAGUUGGUCAUUCUGAUUAGAAAUUCUAAAUGUUUUCUAAAUUUAUACUUGAAGGUUCUGGCAAUGGGUCAGAGAUGAGUUGUAGAUUUGGGUGGCAAGAAUAAAAUUUAAACAACGUGGCAGAGUAAACAAUAUGUGGUUUUGUUUGUGUUUUAAUUAAAGAUAAAAAAUGUGACAGAAAAACACCAAUUAGUAUUCAAUGUCAAACAACAACAGAAAAAUCAGAUGUUAUUCACUGACCGUCAGUAAUUGACUCAGGGCUACAUUUUGACAGUCUCUUUGGCGUGCCUAUGUUCCAGUACUCUUUAUUCCAUUUGCACUUUAAGGCAGCGUGAGUUUUCCGCGCAGGGCCCCACCUCUCUCGCUCCCGGCCAGGUAAGAAAACUUUCCCAGCUGUAGUUGUAACACCCAGCGGGCCCCACAGGGUGUGAGAGAGUUUCUGAGCUCCAGGAGGAGUAACCACCGCCACCGCCACAGCCAUGGCCGAAUCCCAGCUCAUGUGCAUGGAGGACGGCCACAUCGGAGCCAAAGUCCCGGAGUCCAAACCAGAGUUUUACUACAGCGAGGAGCAGCGCGCGGCCAUCGAGGAGCUGCUCAAGAAUGGCGACGGUGCCUUCAAAACGCGACUCAAAGAUGACAACAUGAAAGACUUUUUAUCCGCCAGAGAAGUCAAACUGUUGAUGAACACUUUACAGCAGUAUGACUCGGGUAAUGACAGCAACGACAGCAAGGCGUCGCCGUCUAGGUCCGAGCAGGGUGCCGUCGGCACCGAUGCGGAUUCGGGGGUCCAUUCCACAUACUGGCCCCAGAUGUCGGACACCGAAGUGCCGCAGCUGGAUAUCGGCUGGCCUAACGGGGGUUUCUUCAGAGGGGUGACUCGGGUGGCCGUGCACACACACCCGCCCAAAGAAAACGGACCUCACAUCAAGGAGGUGGUACGCCGACUCAUCCAGGAGGCCAGCAAGGUGAUAGCUAUAGUGAUGGACAUGCUCACAGACCCCCAGAUCCUGCAGGACCUGAUGGAUGCGGCCUGGCGUCGCUCCCUGCCCGUUUAUAUCUUAUUGGAUUUUAAUGGUGUGCCGCACUUCCUUGAUAUGUGCUCUCGGCUGCAGAUUGGCUCACAGCACCUACGGAACAUCCGAGCCAGAACGCUUCAGGGAGUCGGCUUCGGUUUGUCCUUCGGCAGGCUGCCUGGUUCACUCUGUAAUAAGUACAUGCUGGUGGACGGGGACAAAGUCGUGUUUGGCUCUUACAGUUUCUCCUGGUGUACGUCUCGUAUGGACCGGAACAUGAUCACUGUGAUGACGGGACAGGUGGUUGACUUUUUUGAUCGGGACUUCCGUGAGCUUUACGCCAUCUCUGAGAAGAUGAACCUUUACAAGGAGUUCCACGUCAGCAUGCCUGCAACUAACGUGACCGCGACGAUACGCUCCAAAGCAGAGCCCAAACGCCCACCUUUACCAGCAACCACAUCCCGCUUCCAGGUUAGCUUAGGGGAUUCAAGGAAAGGUGGCAUCCAGGUGCCUGCACACAAAUACUACAACCCCAAGUACUCACUGGUGUUUGGGGACGCCCCACAUCCAACUAGGUCUCUGCAGGAGCCCGGACCCAAGAGAGGGUCAACUUUGUCUAAGGUUCCUGAGGAGAUGGACCCGGCAAGGCCACUAGUGACCAGCAGUGAGAAGAUGGACCGGCUGAGUCCACUGCCUUCAGAAGCCCCAAGCGGAAGCUUCGAGAGGCACAACGGAAUCACUCAGGACAAGAAGGGGCGGCUCACUUGGAAGCAGAAAUUUUCCAGAGGGAAAUCGUCCAGUAAGCAUUCGGUUAACAGUCUGGCGGGCAGUACGUGCCCUUCACCCACAGAAACCAAUAGGACUGAUGAGAACGAGGACAACUUUGAGGUUAUCGUGAAAUCUCCAUCAAAAGGGAGGAGUAAGAAGCCGUCUAAACUGGGCCGGAGGACAGACUCUGAGCAAACUGUCAACACUGCACACGACAAUGAGAGUGUUAAGAGUCGACGUCAAAAAAAAGAAGCCUGUAAAGUGUCCUGAGGCCUACCUGCCUGUCCUCUGAGCACAGAACGAAGUAACACAUUCUUAAAAUGGAUUACAAAGUGACUUCCUUUUAAAACUAACGUCACCUUUGAUUGUGCAAUAUUGUAAGUACUUUAUCCAGUGCCUUACAGAAAGACCAAAUGAAUGCACAGUCCUUCAGGCACUGACACAUGCAGUUUAUAUAUGUUUGGUGCCAAAUGUAAAAUUAAUAAUCAAAGUAUUGUGGGAUGUCUGUUGCCCUUGUGGGGCACAGAAAGGUUUGAUGAGAUAUUUCCUGGGGAUCACUUGCAUCUUGUUUGCUCUGAACCUUGUUGGGGCUUGAGGGAUGUGGGGGUGACUGCUUCCCCCCUGGACCCUUGAGUGCAUAGUUGUAUAAUGUAUAUUUGAGAGCACAAAAUGCAAAGUAAGCUUGCACAAGUCUUCUUCGGCUGAUAAGAGAAUGUAAAGAAAGCCGCUGUCUGAGGUUUCAAAUGAAACGCAUCCAAAUAAUGCUGAGACGUACAGGCAGACAGAAUUUUCCCUGAUCAGGAAUUAUUUGUAACAACUAAGCCACACCUGUCCUUUCAAGAGCGGACUCUGCUGCUGAGCAACCUAAUGCAGGACAUCGUCAGACUUUGGCUGAUUCUCACUUUUGCUUCUCCUUAAUAAUAAAACGAGGAAUCAUCUGAGCUUUGACUCUCAGUUACACAGCGAAAAUAUGUUAAACAAAAAGAAGUAAAGGUGAGUAAUGCCCUUUUUAGUAAAGUGUUAUUAUGUGUGUACAGCAUUGUACUGCAAACCUUUAUUAUUUUUCUAUGUCGUCGUUUAUCUGUAAAAGAAUGUUGCCAAGAAUUCAUGUUAAUGUCUGGUUGAUGCACUAAUAAGUUGUGGGAUCUCUUGUUCAUUGUGCUUAAUAAAUGGUUUCAGAUAAGGAAAA